AUGAGUGAGAGUGUCAAGAGGCUGGUGGAGGCUGGACUGGUGUUUGGUGUCCAGCAAGCCAAGGAUGACCUCGUACUCCAGGAUAACUUUACAGAUGGUUCAACUGUAUCUCCACGUUCUCAGCACCAACCACCACCACCCAAGCCCACACUAUCCAGGGUGAGCGAGGUGUUGGAGGCGCUGGAUCACUCCUCCACUCUGGUAUUUCUUGACCUGGCCUGGCCUGGAUCACUGGCCCAGCCUGGAUCACUGGCCCAGCCUGGAUCACUGGCUGGAUCAAACAGACUCCACAUCCAGCUGAGUGGUAACACUACACUGGGCAGACAGUUUGUGUUGUUGUGUACUGGACAACACUCAGGCUCCUCCUACCUCAACACUAAACUGUUUGGGGUGAGGAACAAGGGUCAACGAUUGGAGAGUGUGUGUGGUGGAGACUACCAGUAUAAUAAUGGUGAGGGAGGAGCACCACUGUUGUCUCACCAGGAUGUUCACCUGUACCAGGUGUCAGGCUGUGCUGGUGCUGUGUGGUCACCAUGGUCGCCGGGGAGUCACCGGAGUGCCCAGUUCUACAUCAUCACCAGGGGCACCCGAAGUUGUAUCCAGUACUCGGGUGUCUUUGGUAAAGUUGUGAAGGGUCUGGAUGUGGUGAGAGCAGCAGUCGACCACAGUGACAUUACUGAGUCCGCCUACUCAAGGAUAACUUUACAAGAUGGUCAACUGUAUCUCCACGUUCUCCAGCACCAACCCCUACCCACCCACGCCCGCACUAUCCAGGUGAGCGAGGUGUUGGAGGCGCUGGAUCACUCCUCCACUCUGGUAUUUCUUGACCUGGCCUGGCCUGGAUCACUGCCCCAGCCUGGAUCACUGCCCCAGCCUGGAUCACUGCCCCAGCCUGGAUCACUGCCCCAGCCUGGAUCACUGCCCCAGCCUGGAUCACUGCCCCACCCUGGAUCACUGCCCCACCCUGGAUCACUGCCCCAGCCUGGAUCACUGCCCCACCCUGGAUCACUGCCCCACCCUGGAUCACUGCCCCAGCCUGGAUCACUGCCCCACCCUGGAUCACUGCCCCAGCCUGGAUCACUGCCCCAGCCUGGAUCACUGCCCCACCCUGGAUCACUGCCCCAGCCUGGAUCACUGCCCCAGCCUGGAUCACUGCCCCAGCCUGGAUCACUGCCCCACCCUGGAUCACUGCCCCAGCCUGGAUCACUGCCCCAGCCUGGAUCACUGCCCCAGCCUGGAUCACUGCCCCAGCCUGGAUCACUGCCCCACCCUGGAUCACUGCCCCAGCCUGGAUCACUGCCCCAGCCUGGAUCACUGGCCCAGCCUGGAUCACUGGCUGGAUCAAACAGACUCCACAUCCAGCUGAGUGGUAACACUACACUGGGCAGACAGUUUGUGUUGUUGUGUACUGGACAACACUCUGGCUCCUCCUACCUCAACACUGAACUGUUUGACGUGGAGAACAAGGGUGGACCAUGGGAGUGUGUGUGGGGUGGAGACUACCAGUAUAAUACUGGUGAGGGAGGAGCAGCACUGUUGUCUCACCAGCGUGAUCACCAGUACCAGCAGUCAGUCAGUGCUGGUGAUGUGGGGUCAUGGUGGGAAGACAGAGAGCUGAGUGCCCAGUUCUACAUCACCACCAGGGACCUCCCAGGUGGUCACCAGUGGUACGGUGUCUUUGGUAAAGUUGUGAAGGGUCUGGAUGUGGUGAGAGCAGCAGUCAACCACAGUGACAUUACUGAGGUGACUGUGGUGGACUGUGGUGUUGUGUUGACACUCUAGUUCACUGUACCAUCACUACUGUGUCACCAUCACUACUGUGGUGUUGUGUUGACACUCUAGUUCACUGUACCAUCACUACUGUGGUGUUGUGUUGAGACACUAGUUCACUGUACCAUCACUACUGUGGUGUUGUGUUGACUCUCUAGUUCAUUGU